AUGGACCUGUCUAUUUUGCCAAACAACAACCAUCCCGAUAAAUUCCUGCAACUGGAGGGGAAGUCUCUAUUGAAAAGCUCUGCCUUUCUACAAGCCAGCCUGGCAAAAUUCCCGGAAGCAGCUUUACCUGGCGUGCAGCGCUGGCACAACAGGGUCUAUUUACAGCUCUGCUUCUGCACCAUACGCCUGUGGCUUUCACCAGAACUGCAUCUUCUGCCACGGUACUCUACAGCACUGUUCUGCGAAAGCGGAGGCUUGCUUUCAGCAGGCAUUGUAACACCAGUUCACGUUUGCAAAAGAGUUUAUGUUCAGAUUGUACCCACGUGCUUUCACCAGCAGGAAGAAAUGUGCGCAGAGGGGACAGCCAGGGUCCGUUGCUGCCCUAGAGAAAAGAGAAAUGUCACUGAGCUGCCGGGCUUAGACUCGAACAGGGUCAGUCAAGAAAUGAUAGACAAAGCCCUCGGGAAACACAUUACACCUAUCACCCUGAAAUCCACAAUCAAAUGCAACCCCCUGUAUAGUGACAUCCAGGUAGACGACGACUGUGAGGAGAAGAAAAAGACCCCUUGCUGGACUGUGCAAGACUAUGAGAGACACUCGCUGGGCUGUGACUGGGCCAGCCAUAUAAAGGAAAAUCCUAAUGAUCUACAGUUCUGGAUGGGGGAUAUUUAUACUCCUGGGUAUGAUACCUUGUUAAAAAAGAAAGAGAGAGAAAAAAAGCAUUCCAAAUGUUGCCGAAUCAUCCUGUUCAUGGUACUAGCUGUUUGCAUCCUGAUUACCAUAGUCACGCUCAGCAUUUUACUUACUUAG